CUCCCCCCGGUGGUGAUGUCACCGGCUCAGUGGAGCUCGAGCAUCCUCACCAAAGACACCGAGACAACAGAGCCAUUUUGACCGCUUCGCUUCCCCAAAGCUGCGGCCAAAGGGGCCACCUUCCCUCCUCAGUCCUCAAGAGAGGUCCAGUUAGGGUGGAAAAGGCCAGUCGGGGCAGAGGAGGCGGGUGUUCUGGUCGGCAGAUUUCGUCGCUGACAUUCUCCUCCCCGUCCCAGUUUCAUGAGGAGGAGGAGAGGCUGGUGACAGACCUGGAGGAGAGCGGCGGAAGUGGAGGUAUCCACGGGGUCUGGAUGUGAAACCUACAGGCACGACAAACACGGUCUGUUCCCAGGAACUGUGUGGAGAGACCUGCAGGCCCCACGUCUGGGUUCCAGAGAAGGCCCCCCGAGGUGCUGAGAAGACAUCGCCAUGGCAGGGGCCUCGGUGAAGGUGGCGGUGCGGGUCCGCCCCUUCAACUCAAGAGAGACGGAGAAAGAAAGCAAAUGCAUCAUCCAAAUGUGUGGAAACACCACCACCAUCAUCAACCCCAAGCAGGCCAAAGACAACAAGAGCUUCAACUUUGAUUACUCCUACUGGUCGCACACAUCGCCAGAGGAUAUCAAUUAUGCCUCCCAGAUGCGCGUGUACAAAGACAUCGGAGAGGAAAUGUUGCUUCAUGCUUUCGAAGGAUACAACGUCUGCAUCUUUGCAUAUGGUCAGACCGGCGCGGGCAAAUCCUACACGAUGAUGGGAAAACAGGAUGUCAAGGAUCAGCAAGGAAUCAUCCCACUGCUUUGUGAAGAUCUUUUCACGAAGAUCAAUGAUAAUACAGACAACAGCCUGUCCUACUCUGUGGAGGUCAGCUACAUGGAGAUCUACUGUGAACGAGUGCGGGACUUGCUGAACCCUAAGAACAAAGGGAACCUCCGCGUCAGAGAACAUCCUCUGAUGGGUCCGUACGUUGAGGACCUGUCCAAACUGGCUGUCACUUCUUACAACGACAUCCAGGAUCUGAUGGACUCUGGCAACAAAGCCAGGACUGUGGCUGCCACCAACAUGAAUGAAACCAGCAGUCGCUCUCACGCAGUUUUUAACAUCAUAUUUACUCAGAAACGCUUCGAUGCGGAGACCGACAACACCUCUGAAAAGGUCAGCAAAAUAAGCCUGGUGGAUCUGGCCGGCAGCGAGAGAGCGGACUCUACAGGAGCCAAAGGAACCAGGCUUAAGGAAGGAGCUAAUAUCAACAAGUCUUUAACCACAUUGGGGAAAGUUAUUUCUGCUUUGGCAGAAGUGGAUUCUGGACAGAACAAGAAUAAAAAGAAGAAGAAAGUGGAAAGCUUCAUUCCAUAUAGAGAUUCAGUCUUAACCUGGCUGCUGAGAGAGAACUUGGGGGGAAAUUCUCGAACGGCGAUGAUUGCCGCUCUGAGUCCAGCUGACAUCAACUACGAUGAAACCCUCAGCACCCUCAGGUAUGCUGACCGUGCCAAACAGAUUCGCUGCAACGCUGUCAUCAACGAGGAUCCAAACAACCGAUUGGUGCGUGAGCUGAAAGAGGAAGUGUCCCGUCUGAAAGACCUCCUGUAUGCCCAGGGACUGGGUGACAUCAUUGAGACCUAUCGAGCAACUGGCGCUGACAUAGAGGGUUUGAAACUGACCAAUGCCAUGACGGGGAUGAGCCCAUCGCCAUCCCUCUCAGCCUUGUCCAGCCGCGCCGCCUCUAUUGCCAGUCUUCAUGACCGCAUUAUGUUCAGCCCAGGCAGCGAGGAAGCCAUCGAGCGGCUGAAGGAAACUGAGAAAAUAAUUGCCGAACUAAACGAGACCUGGGAAGAAAAGCUCCGCCGGACAGAAGCCAUUAGAAUGGAAAGAGAGGCCCUGCUGGCAGAAAUGGGUGUGGCGAUACGAGAAGAUGGCGGCACCGUUGGUGUGUUCUCUCCUAAAAAGACGCCUCAUUUGGUGAACCUCAAUGAGGAUCCUUUGAUGUCCGAGUGUCUGCUGUACUACAUUAAAGAGGGAACCACCAGGGUGGGCCGUUUGGACGCCAGCAGCCGUCAAGACAUCGUCCUCAGCGGCCAUUUUAUCCAGGACGAGCACUGCACCUUUACGAGAUGCGCUGGCCCGUCAGGGGAAACAGUUGUCCUAGAGCCCUGCGAAGGAGCCGAGACUUACGUCAAUGGAAAGAGAGUGACAGAAGCAACAGUUCUGAAGUCAGGAAAUCGCAUCAUCCUGGGGAAAAGCCACGUGUUCCGGUUCAACCACCCUGAGCAGGCUAGAGCUGAAAGGGAGCGGACCCCCUGCGCUGAGACCCCUGCUGAGCCUGUUGACUGGGCUUUUGCCCAGAGAGAGCUGUUGGAGAAACAGGGCAUUGACAUGAAACAAGAAAUGGAACAGAGGCUUCAGGAGCUGGAGGAUCAGUACCGUAAAGAAAGAGAAGAAGCCAACAAUCUUCUAGAGCAGCAAAGACUGGAUUAUGAGAGCAAGCUUGAGGCUUUACAGAAGCAGGUAGACCGUUAUUACCCAGAAGCCCCUGAAGAAGAGGAGGAACCAGAAGAGGAAGUUCAGUGGACGGAGAAGGAGAGAGAGCUGGCUGUGUGGGGCUUCAGGAAGUGGAGGUGCUACCAGUUCACCUCGCUGCGUGACCUGCUGUGGGGAAAUGCCAUCUUUCUUAAAGAAGCCAAUGCCAUCAGUGUAGAACUCAAAAAGAAGGUCCAGUUCCAGUUUGUGUUACUCACAGACACUCUCUACUCCCCACUUCCUCCUGACCUGUUGCCCCCAGAGGCGACUGAAGACACAGAAAGUAGACAUUUUCCUCGUACUAUUGUGGCUGUGGAAGUGCAAGAUCAGAAGAAUGGAGCAACUCACUUCUGGACGUUAGAAAAAUUAAGGCAAAGGCUUGACCUCAUGCGAGAGAUGUAUGACCGUGCUGCUGAUGUGUCCAAUAAUACCACAGAGGAGAGUGAAAGUGUCGUGACAAGGGGUGACCCUUUUUACGAUCGCUUCCCAUGGUUCCGCCUGGUCGGCAGAAAUCCCAUUUUCAACACAUGCAUGAGCGAGCGCAUGAGUGACCCCACCCCAUCCCCGACCCUUUCCACCUCUGAAAUUACUGAGCUGGCUGACUCGCAGAGGGAGGGUCGAGGGGAGGAGGAGGAAUUGGAGGAGUUGGACGACCUGGAUGAUGAUAUCUUUUUGGACGACCCGUGCUCCGAGCUCGGGCCAGAUGAUGAUGAUGAUGAUGAUGUUGGAGGGCUCUGCCGAGGCUCCAGCGAAGGCCUGGACCCCUUUUACGACCGCUCUCCAUUAUUCAGUGUAGUGGGAAGGGCUUUCGUCUAUCUGAGCAACCUGCUGUACCCGGUUCCUCUGGUGCACCGUGUGGCCAUCGUCAGCGAGAAAGGAGAGGUGAAGGGCUUCCUGCGCGUGGCCGUUCAGGCCAUAUCAGGUGCUCUCUGUUUCCCUCCAGCUGACGAGGAAGCUCCCGACUACGGCUCCGGCGUGAGACAGUUGGGCACGGCCAAAAUCUCUUUUGAGGAUCAACAGUAUGAGAAGUUCCAGUCGGAGUCGUGCUCUGUCGGAAUUGGACUGAGCCGCACAGGGGUUUCUCAGGAAGAGCUUCGGAUCGUGGAGGGGGAAGGCCAAAAUGCUGAAACGAGCCCGUCAGCAGAUGAGGUCAACAACAACACAUGUGCGGCUGGUGCAGACGAGAUGGAGAAUCCAGCGAAGGCGGGUCCGGAUGCAGCUUCAGAUGCGACUUUGGAGCACCUGAAAAUUGGGGACAUUUUUACCUUCAGGGUGACUGUCCUGCAGGCCUCCAGCAUUUCUGCUGAAUAUGGCGACAUCUUCUGUCAGUUUAAUUUCAUCCAUCGGCAUGACGAGGCCUUCUCUACGGAGCCGCUGAAAAACACCGGCCACGGGCCUCCUCUUGGCUUCUACCACGUGCAGAAUAUUGCUGUUGAAGUGACCAAGUCCUUUGUGGACUACAUAACGACUCAACCGAUCGUCUUUGAGGUGUUUGGACACUACCAGAAACAACCUUUUCUUCCUCUGUGUAAAGAUGUCAUCAGUCCACUUCAUGCAUGCAAAAGGCAAUUUCCACAAGUGAUGCCUCUUUCCAAACCAGUGCCUGCCACCAAGCUGAAGGCGAUGACACGUCCCCAGGCGGGGCCCCGCCACUGUAAACACGAUCUGAUGGUGUUCUUUGAGAUCUGCGAGCUUGAGGCUAACGGAGAUUACAUCCCUGCAGUCGUAGACCACAGAGGAGGCUUGCCAUGCCAGGGUACAUUCCUACUGCACCAGGGCCUCCAGAGGAGAAUAGCUGUCACCAUCGUGCACGAGUCUGCUGGAGACAUAGAGUGGAACGAUGUCCGAGAGCUAGUUGUGGGGCGUUUACGCAACACUCUGGAAGCCGACGAGACCGUCAUCGACCCAAACAUACUCUCACUUAACAUCUUAUCUGCUGGUUACGUCGAGCCCCUGCAGGAUGACAGACAGUUUCUUGAUUCGGACAUGCCUAGCAUUUCCCUGGGAAUUGACCAUAGGACUUUUUACCGCUUUGAGGCUGCUUGGGACAGCUCGAUGCACAACUCUCUGCUCCUGAACCGAGUCACGCCGUACGGAGAGAAGAUCUACAUGACCCUCUCGGCCUACUUGGAGAUGGAGAACUGCACGCAGCCUGCAUACAUAACCAAAGAUAUCUGUAUGGUGUUUUACUCACGGGACACCAAGCUCUCGGCCUCUCGUUCAAUCCGCAACCUUUUUGGUACGGGGAGCCUGAGAGCAGCGGAUGGAAACCGAGUAACUGGAGUUUACGAGGUCAGCUUGUGUCACCUUGCAGAUGCUGGAAGUCCAGGCAUGCAGAGGAGACGCAGGCGAGUGCUGGACACCUCUGUGGCCUACGUCCGUGGAGAGGAGAACCUGGCUGGGUGGAGGCCACGCAGUGACAGCCUGAUCCUGGAGCACCAGUGGGAGCUGGAGAAACUCAGUCUCCUCCAAGAUGUGGAGAAAACCAAACAUUUCCUCCUGCUGAGGGAGAAACUGGAGUCCACCCUGCUGACGGGCCAGGAGUCCCUUCAGUCCUGCGUCACCGAGGAGACCGGUGAGUCCACUGCAGUGGCCGAGGCAGACCCGGGGCCCGCCUUCAGCUCUGAGAUGACCACCGACAGGCAGAGGGAGCUCGCUGCCAAGUGUUUGCGGCUGCUCACUCACUCCUUCAACAGAGAAUACAGCCAUGUGUGUGUCAGCGCCAGUGAAAGCAAGAUCUCUGAGAUGUCUGUCACGUUGCCGAGAGACGCCGCCUCCAUUUCUGCUCUCAACACAAUCACACCCUCCUCAACAUGCCCUUCUCUGGUGGAGGGCUGCUAUCACAACACUGAGCUCAAACCUCCUCCGCCUCUGUCUCGUGCGGUCAGCCCCAGUCCUGAACCGCAGCAGGAUGGAGCGGACAAAAAGUCCAUGAAUGUAGGUUCUGACGUCAAACCUCGGACUCGAAAACUUAUCCCUGACAUACAGGAGAUCAGAGUCAGCCCAGUCGUAUCGAAGAAGGGCUACAUCCACUUCCUGGAGCCGCACACCAACGGAUGGGUGAAGCGCUACGUGGUUGUGCGGCGGCCAUACGUUUACAUCUACAACUCUGAGCGAGACACGGUGGAGCGGGCCAUUCUCAACCUGUCCUCCGCCCAGGUGGAGUACAGUGAGGACCAGCAGGCCAUGCUGAAGACUCCAAAUACGUUUGCGGUGUGUACAGAACAUCGUGGCAUAUUACUUCAAGCCACUAAUGACAAAGAAAUGCAUGACUGGCUCUAUGCAUUCAACCCUCUUCUUGCUGGAACUAUCAGGUCAAAGCUGUCGAGAAGACGAGCCGGACAGAUGAGGAUUUGAGGAAAAAAAGAUAGAUGCAAAGACUACAAUGUACAUACUUCCCUGUUCUCCUCAUUCCCAUCGUCACCGGCAGCCAUCUUCCCCCCUGCUCAGUCUCCGUUCCGUUGUUCGUGUCCUCGCCGUCGGGUUUUUCCUGUUGGGCCUUAGCAACGCGCAAAGAAACCUCUGGAAGAAUCAGUCACCGUACUGUACCGGCAUUAUUUCACAGCUUGAGAACGGAGGAGGCAGCGGUUUCUCAUGCCAGACUCCAUUUGUACGAUUAACGUGCUGUAGUUGUUGUCAGUGACACAUCAAGCCUUUCUCAUUUAUUACUUAAAAUAAAUAAAGCAAACAACACAGGGACAUGUGUUCUUUAAUCAUGCCACCGCUGCACUACUAGCUAAGCUCUCAUCGCUACAUUUGCAUCGGUAAAAUAGGAAACCACGUAGAUUCCUCUCUGCUCCGUUUUACUGCUAAACAUAAAGCUUCAACUGGUUUAACCUUAACGGUCAGAAAAAUAAAAGCUGAAAUAAAACUAAUAAUUAAAAAAGCAAACAACUCAAACUUCUUCAACAUCAGACUUAAGCACACACAGCGGGGCAACAACAUGGCACCUCCUCAAACUGCAGCCUGUGAAUCCAUAACAUUUAGAGUAUGAGGAUAUUUUAUGUCUACAUGACGGACUCAAACAUCACCACCUUGUUUUCCUCUCAGUACGAUUUCUUUCUCUCUCUGACUUGUUUGAAAUGUGAUAUAUUUAGAUUUCUAACAGCCUAAUUAUUUAUUUCCGCAUGUAUUUAUUUACAAAGACGUUUAUAUUUCUAAAGUAGUACUCAGUGCAAUUUCUGCACAUGGCACUUUUUAAUGAGUUCCUGAACUAUUUGAAUAAUAAAAGCCUCGUCCCUACGGUUUCGCUUUUAAAGUAAUCCAAUAACGUGCUCUGUUUCUUUGUGCUGAAGAAAACUUGAAAAAUACAGCAGCCCUGAACGAUUAGGAUAGCUUAACCUUUGACCCAGCUGAUGUCCCUUGUAACGUUUUUGAUAUUUAGUCGGUCUUGUCAUCCCUCCUAAAAUGGGAAAACAGUGGUUCCUCACAGCACAUGAUAUAAAACUGGCUUUCUGAAUAUGUGUAUAUUAAGUGUAGUGCCUCUUUUUUUAACAUUCUGCACAGUAUGCCUCUGCACCGAUUUCUUUAACCUCACAUCCUUCGCGCUGCUGUAAUCAUGUUCAGGAAACGUCUGCACGUCACAUAAUCACUUUGUGUUUUCUUUCAUCUUUUUAUUAUAUGCAUUUGAGACAAAAUGUUAAAACAAUUGGAAGAGAUUCAGCGUAUCUCAGGACUGUCAGCUUGCGUAGGGCUCUACUUCUUAACACGACAUGCAAAAUGUUUAAAAUGCAACCCGCCUGUAGCUUUAAUUGCUUCGUUUCUACUCAGUUUCAUUCCUUUGUUGUAUAUUUUAACUGAGGUUUAUCGCAUCCUAACACCACUCAGGUUGUGAGGUGUUCAGUGACUCUGGUGGAUUAGCAUGCCUCAGGUCUGCCAGCCUACGGAGCAUGCUCAGUUUGGCAACUGACUGCAAGGACAACAUCUAAAAGCAGAGAACAGGUGCAACCAUUAUAUUGCACACUCAGCGCAACGACGUUGCAUUUCUAGGAGCGAUUAGACAACUACAAACAUGCUAUCUUUUGUUUGUGUGUUUUCUAUAGAUGUGAUUCUUCCAGUACCUGAUAUGUUUACAGUCUUGUGUGAUGUGGAAAUAUUUUUGACUCAUUCGGUUGACGGAUCUCCUCACCUGCACAACUGUUGGUAGUCGUAAUAAAUCAACAAUUGGCUUGAAUUGGCGUUCUAAUCUCACGGCUCGCCUUCCGAACAGAACCAUUGUGCAUUUUAUCCACCUUCGUCGUGGAGCGAACGCUCUCCUGUUAAUCAUAACUCUGCAUCACGUUGUUUUAUUUCAAAGCCCUGACAGUCAACCUGUACGUAAUUGUUUCUGAUUAAUUUUGUUCUUACUGACUUUUUUUUUUUUUUUUAAGCAACCAAAGUUUUGUUGGUGCACUCACUUAAAAGUUCACUCUGAAUGUAUAAUAAUAAUAAUAUAUAGGAAUUCUUCUUCUGCUUCGAUGUUUUUCUGAACCUUCUGCUUUCCGGUUGGGGUUCCUCACUGAUUGUAAGGCGGUUAUCACCGGGGUGUACGCGGAGGCUCUGAGACCCGCCAUGUAAUAAUCUGUCUGCUUAUGUGUGGGACGAUUAUGGUUCACUGUGGCCUAGUUAAACUUUUAUGUCUUGUAGAAAGUAAUGCUCUUGGUUGCUUUUCCGCCGCCCUCCUUCUAGUAUUGGAAUCUACCCUCACCAUCCUGCUGCAGCAGCAGCCUUCACACACAAUCACCAACCUCUCUUUUCCAACCCUUGCCCCGUGAAGUAAUCUCACAUUCUUGUGCUUCCACGUCUAUUUUUUUUGUUGUUGUUGUUUUUGCACCAAUACAUUCCAUUGUUCUUCAAAGAUUUUUGCAUUGUAUAUAAACAUGAUUGCCGUGGACUGUGUAUCAUACAGUUGCACUCGUUAAACUCCUAAAUGGGCAGUAGUUCAGUCGGUGUCUGUUUGUUUGAGUUUCCUGUCAGAUGUUUGUGUACACUGAACACAUUGUCAUAUAUUAAAUAAAUCUGGAAGUGAUGAAACACUAAGCGA